UAUAUAAGUGUCUAAAACCCCCGGUGUCACUGUUCUUUCGAGCUGACAUUUUCGGUUUUUCAAGCGAAGCACCUCUGCCUGAGCUGAAAAUUCCAGGAAUCGCUAACUUCCGAACUUCGAAUUCGAGAUCUCGGUUUUUCGAUUGCUAGAAUCAGGUUGUAGAAGUGUCUGUUCUUUGGUUCAAGCCCAUAGUUCUGGUAUUCAGUCUUUGAUUCAGCAUCAAGGUCUCAGCUGCAGGGGAUAUGUUACAGUAGAUGGAAGAGUAUGUCGUAGACAAUGUUGUGGUGGAUAAUUCAAGGGGACCUGCCUAUUCAUAGUGUACUAGCAUUGAUCUCCUAUGCAACUCAACUGCAACUGCGAAUUAUAUUUCAGAAAGAGUGACCAGCUUUUACCAGCGGGGUUUCAAGGUAGAAUGGCAACCGAAAGUCCAAUGUUAUUGGUGGGAAGCAGUGGAGCUAGUAAGUGGCCCUCAUCUAAGGAGGCCAUGGCAUUCAAGUCAUCAUCAAAUAAUGUGGCACCACAAGAUUUGGGUUUGCUUUUGAGGAGGCAUAGGAUUAGUGGGAACGGGAGGGAUGUGGUCCCCAAUAGGACUGGAAGUGCACCACCAAGCAUAGAAGGAUCAUUUGCAGCUAUUAGGAACCUUAUUAGUCAGCAGAACUCCAAUCUGGAAGGAAGUGUGGCGAGUUUAAACAGUGCAACUGAAAAUUGUGAGUCUGAGGAGCAACUCCGUGCCGAUCCAGCCUACCUGGCAUACUACUGGGCUAAUAUUAAUUUGAAUCCAAGGCUUCCUCCACCUCUUAUUUCAAGGGAGAAGCAGCGGCUAGUUCACCAUAUUGGUGGUUUUGGGGAUAAUCGGAAAUUGACUUCCUUUGAUGACAACAGCAGUGGAUCCUUUUACUUGCCUCGAGCUGCCCUCUCUACUCAUAGAGAGGAGCCUGAGGAUGAGAGGUCACCUAGACAGGCUUCUGAAGAUUGGGCAGAAAGGAAUGCCGAGUUUUUGUCUGGACACUUCACAACUUCCUUGGCAGGGCGUCACAAAAGUCUGGUGGAUUUGAUUCAGGAAGACUUUCCUCGCACCCCAUCUCCUGUAUAUAAUCAGCUGUGUUCCUCUAGUCAUGCAGCAGAAGAGGAAAUAGGUGAUCCGGAUGAUUUUGUCAACCCUUUAAAUGAUUCUUCUACCAGUACAACUAGAGUACAGGAAUCGAACAUGACUUCUAUAGGUGUCCUUGCAAGUACAUCUACUCUGGGUGACAUGACAGGAAGCUCACUUCUUGGCCUUAAAGGAGAAUCAAACAGUCUUGAUGUUCAUGUGGAUGUUGAUAUCAACGCUAUUCAAUCCGAAAUGAAGGUUUUUAGUAUAUCUGACCUGCCCGAUGCAGAGGGUCAUGGAAGUCAACCAGAAUGGAAACAUCCCCAACCGCAUAAUUUUCCGCGACACCAAUUGCAUUCGCAACGCAGCACUGCAUGUCAACUUCAGGGUGUCCUCUCUCAGAUGACUUCCCAAGGAAUGCACCAUUUCUAUGAUGGCAUGGAUCAUAUAUCGCAUGGUCAAUCCAAGCAUCCCACAGUUGAGGUAUGGCCAGUACUUCAGACUUCUGGAAUAUCAACUCCUUUGUAUGCAACUACAACUGCAACUUCUUAUAUGGCCUCUGGAAGUCCUUUUUACCCUAAUUUGGAACCUUCAAGCCUAUUUACUCCCCAGUAUAGCAUAGGUGGAUAUGCUUUGAAUGCCACACUUCUGCCUCCAUUUGUUGCUGGAUACCCACCUCCUAGUGCUAUUCCCAUGGCUUUCAACAACUCUGCUGGUCCAAGUUUUAGUUCUCGUUCUGCCAAUCAAUUGGUUGGGGAAAGUGUUGCACCUGGCGUUGAUCUGCAACACCCGUACAAGUUUUAUGGGCAAUUUGGGUUGGCUCCACCUUUUGUUAAUCCUUUUCAUAUGCAUUACUUUCAGCAUCCUUCUGAGGAUGCAUACAGUGCUGCAGGUCAGUAUGAUUCAUUGGCACCAAGGAUCGAUAUUGUAGAAAGUCAUGAUGCUUUUGAUUUGCAGAAAGGGCCUCCCCUAGCUGCAAUUGCAGCUGGUCAGACAUCCCAAUUUCCAAGAAGUGGAGCUCUGAGCAUUCCAAGCAUGAGAAAAGCAGGAAUGGCCAGUUCAAAUUCUUAUGAAAGCCCCCCAGGCAUGGGUGUUCUGAUGCAAUACCCUGCUUCUCCUCUUUUAAGUCCUGUACUACCAGGAUCACCAAUGGCUACAGUGAGGCUUCCGGGGAGGACAACUGACAAUUUCAGGUUUCCGAUGGGCUUGAAUAGAAGUAUCGGAGAAUAUUCUGGAUGGCAAAGACAGAAAGGAAUUGAAAAGUUUGACGACCCAAAAUCAUAUUCAUUUCCUGAAGACUUGAAAUCCAGUAAAGCCCACAAAUUUGAGCUGUCUGAUAUUGCCGGACGUAUUGUUGAAUUCAGUGCUGACCAACAUGGGAGUCGGUUUAUUCAGCAGAAGUUGGAAAACUGUAGUGCUGAAGAGAAGGCAUCUGUUUUGGAAGAAGUUCUACCACAUGCUUCAAUGUUGAUGACUGACGUUUUUGGAAAUUAUGUCAUUCAGAAGUUUCUUGAGCAUGGAAGCCAUAACCACAGGAGAGAACUUGCUGAUCAACUUGCUGGCCGUAUUUUGCCUUUGAGCCUUCAAAUGUACGGGUGUCGUGUAAUUCAGAAGGCACUUGAAGUUAUUGAGAUCAAUCAGAAAAUAAACCUUGUUCUUGAACUUGAUGGACAUGUUAUGCAAUGUGUGCAUGAUCAAAACGGAAACCAUGUAAUACAGAAAUGCAUUGAAUGCAUGCCAACAGAGAAAAUUGGGUUUAUCAUUUCUGCUUUCCAUGGUCAAGUUGCAACUCUGUCCACACAUCCUUAUGGUUGCCGAGUUAUCCAGAGAAUUCUGGAGCAUUGCACUGAUGAGAAGCAAACUCAAUACAUAGUGGAUGAGAUCUUGCAAUCUGCUAGUUCUCUUGCCCAGGACCAGUAUGGCAAUUACGUUACCCAGCAUGUUCUAGAGAAGGGGAAACCUCACGAAAGAAGCCAGAUUAUUACCAAAUUGGCUGGGCAUGUUGUACACAUGAGCCAGCAUAAAUUUGCAUCGAAUGUAAUUGAGAAGUGUUUGGAGCAUGGUGAUUCAACAGAAAGAGAACUCUUGAUUGAGGAAAUUGUUGGACAAACAGAGGGAAACGAUAAUUUAUUGACAAUGAUGAAGGACCAGUUUGCAAAUUAUGUGGUCCAGAAGAUUCUUGAGACAUGUACUGAUAAGCAAAGAGAAAUAUUGCUUAAUCGUAUAAGAGUCCACCUUCAUGCAUUGAAGAAAUACACAUAUGGGAAACAUAUUGUUGCUCGGGCUGAACAAUUGUUUGUAGGUACCUUGCUGGGAUUUUGUGAAGCCAAUCCUUGUCAUCUCAAGGAAGUUGGAAGACAUCAGCACUUUGUGGAGUUCAUGUGAAGAGAGUACAAAAAAUGAGUUUUCAUUCUGGUAUUCCUACAAAAAGAGUAGGCUGCACUCCCUCCACAAUUGCUACUCCUACUUGCUGCUUUUUUUCAUGAGAAGUGCAGGCUGUCCAGCACAGACGAGUUACUGCAAGAAGCUAGUUGUUGGUUAUACAAAACUGGAAGUCCAUGUUUAAGAUUGCCAAAUCCAUGUGCAGCCAUUUUCCGCUGUGCAGCACAGAUAAGUUACUGCAAGAAGCUAGUUGUUGGUUGUACAACAACUGGAAGUCCAUGUUUAAUAUUGCCAAAUCCAUGUGCAGCCAUUGUCCAUGAUUUGCAAAGAUAUUCUUUAGUAAAUGGAGAGUUACAUGGUAUGGCCUGUGUCUUUGCACAGUAUGUGAUAGUUUUCGAUUAUGAUGAGUUGGGCCUGUGGUGUGGUGAUGUAGACCAUCAGUCUGUUGCAUUUCACUGUCCAUGGGCCAUGCCCCAAAAAUAUCCUGAAAGGAAAAAUCUUCACCUUUAGAUUUGGAAGACUUUGAGAUAUAGCCCAUCCAUAGUUUGUGCUUGUUUUGAUGGAAAGCUGAUUGUGGACACAUAAAACGAGAUGGAACCCGUGGGAAAUAGACAAUUGUGGAUUCCAACAAUAGUUCUGUUGUUUGUUUUGGUGUGAUUUUCAUGAGAAACUAGGGGGAAAGGAAACCAAAACAAGAAGGCAGUUAGCUUGUAAAAUAUUAUGAGCUGAGUUCUGAACUACACCAUUUCAAUUAAACUGGAAUGUAAAAUAUAAUGACCUGAGUUCUGAACUACACCAUUUCAAUUAAACUGGAAUGUAAAAUAUAAUGAGCUGAGUUCUGAACUAGAAUUAGUUUGCCAAAUUAACAAAAAAAAAUAAAAAUAAAAAAUAAAAAUGAAA